GGGUUUGUCUGACCCAGUGGGAGUCCAGUUACAACACCGGGGCGGUCAACCACAACUCUGAUGGAUCCACGGACUACGGCAUCUUCCAGAUCAACAGCCGCUGGUGGUGCGAGGACGGGCACACCAAAUCAUCCAAUGCCUGCCAUCUCAGCUGCAGCGAUCUCCUGACUGACAACGUGGACAAGGCGAUUAACUGCGCUAAAAGAGUUGUUCAGGAUCCUGCAGGCGUCGGAGCCUGGGUGGCCUGGCGUGCACACUGCAAGAACCAAGACCUGAGCAAGUAUCUGAAUGGAUGUCAUCUUUAAAACCUUAGACCUUCAUGUUCAUUUGCUGCUUGUCGUUAAUUGUUCGAGAUCAGCUGAACUGUACUUCCUGUUUAGACAUUUACUUCUGGUUUUGGUACUUUUAGUUCCUUUACUUUCAGUUCUUGUAUUCUUGACCUUUCUGACCUUUCUGCUUGUUUGGAUCCUCAACGACACACAAAUGACUUUUGUUCAGUGUUUACCAACAAAAUGUUAAAUCACUGAGAACUGCUCUGUAACUUUCUGCACUAUUGGUCUUUUGGAAACAUUAAACUAAAGGCAUUAAAAA